UUCUAGAGGAAGAGACAGGUACCCGUAGGCUCUGGCUGUUUCUUACGGAAGGUAUCAGGCUGGAGGUAGAAGGAAGGUUCUGGCCUGAACCCCCUCAGGUGCAGAGGAGGCUCCCCAGGGAAGGAGCUGUGGAGAACAGUGGUGGUUUCUGGGUCUCCUUUUACCUCCUAGUCCUCUCCCAACCCUCCCAGUCCCUGUCCCCUCUGGAGUCCCUCUCCUUGGACUUGGGAGCCCCCUGUGUGCCUCCAGGAUGACCCCACUGAGUCUGUCCUGGCUGGGGCUGGGGUCCGUGACAGCCUCCCUGUGGCAGCUCCUGUUGGUGGCAGGGACUUCCUGGCUCUUAGCCCGAAUUCUGGCCUGGAUCUAUGCCUGCCAUGACUACCGCUGUCGCCUCCGAUGUUUCCCACAGCCUCCCAAGAGGAACUGGUUUUGGGGUCACCUGGGUAUGGCAAAGAACAAUGAGGAAGGCAUGAAGCUGAUGGAGGACCUGGGCCGCAGUUUCCCUGAUGUCCACCUCUGGUGGGUCGGGCCCAUCUACCCAGUUCUGAGGCUCAUCCACCCUAAGUUCAUUGCCCCCUUGCUUCAGGCACCAGCUGCGGUUGCACCCAAGGACAUGGUUUUCUACCGCUUCCUGAAACCCUGGCUGGGGGAUGGGCUCUUACUGAGUGCUGGUGACAAGUGGAGCCACCACCGUCGCUUGCUGACACCCGCCUUCCACUUUGACAUCCUGAAGCCAUAUGUGAAGAUUUUUAACAAGAGUGUGAACAUCAUGCAUGCCAAGUGGCAGCGCCUGACCUCCCAGGGCAGUGCCCGUCUAGACAUGUUUGAGCACAUCAGCCUGAUGACCUUGGACAGUCUGCAGAAAUGUGUGUUCAGCUUCGAGAGCAACUGUCAGGAGCAUCCCAGUGAAUAUAUUGCUGCCAUCUUGGAGCUCAGCUCCCUUGUAGUCAAACGGCACCACCAGCCCUUUCAGUACAUGGAUUUCCUGUACUACCUUACUUCUGAAGGGCAGCAGUUCCGCAGGGCCUGCAACCUGGUGCACAACUUCACAGAUGCUGUCAUCCGGGAGCGGCGGCACACUCUCACUCGCCAGGGUGUUGAUGACUUUCUCAAGGAGAAGGCUAAGUCUAAGACUUUGGACUUCAUCGAUAUACUCCUGCUGGCCAAGGAUGAAAAUGGGAAAAAGCUCUCAGAUGAGGACAUACGAGCAGAGGCCGACACCUUCAUGUUUGAGGGCCAUGACACCACAGCCAGUGGCCUCUCCUGGGUCCUGUAUAACCUGGCGAGGCACCCAGAAUACCAGGAGCGCUGCCGACAGGAGGUGCAAGAGCUCCUGAGGGGCCGUGAGUCCGAAGAGAUUGAAUGGGACGACCUGGCCCGGCUGCCCUUCCUGACCAUGUGCAUCAGGGAGAGUCUGCGGCUGCACCCCCCGGUGGUAGUCAUUUCCCGCUGCUGCACCCAGGACGUUGUGCUCCCGGAUGGCCGGGUCAUCCCUAAAGGAACCAUUUGCGUCAUAAGUAUCUUUGGGAUUCAUCACAACCCUUCAAUCUGGCCUGACCCUGAGGUCUAUGACCCCUUCCGCUUUGACCCAGAAAAGCCCCAGGAGAGGUCACCUCUGGCUUUUAUUCCCUUCUCGGUGGGGUCCAGGAACUGCAUCGGCCAGACCUUCGCCAUGGCCGAGAUGAAGGCGGCGCUGGCGCUGACUCUGCUGCGCUUCCGCAUCCUGCCAGACGACACAGAGCCGCGCAGGAAGCCGGAGCUGAUCCUGCGCGCGGAGGGCGGGCUUUGGCUGCGGGUAGAGCGGCUGAGAGUGGGGGCUCAGGGAGCCUCCAGGCCUGGGCUGGGACCCAGCUGACCCUGCCCUCCUUGGCUGACUCUGGAAUAAACAGCUCUGCGACGUG